AUGAAAUUCCUUCGUUUAGGCAUUGCACAAAGGCGACCAGACAUGGCGGAAAACGUAGAAAAUGUUGGAGACGCAGACUUGCGUGUCCUGAACGCCUUUCAGGAGUUGGCGCAGGGGCUGCAGUGUGUGCAGGAGGCUCUGCGCCUGCAGGAGCAGGAGACUGAGCGACGGACGCAGGAGGCCUUGCAGCAGCACGAGGAGAGGACAACGUCAGCGUUGCGCGAGGCUGUGAGCCAGUUUGAGCAGCAGCUGCAGGAACAAGAUGAAGCCAUCCGCACGCUCCGAAUCGCAGUGGAGGAGCGAGUGCAGCAGGUGGAGGAGAGGGCAGCUCUGAUGGAGGAGCACGGGGUGCCCUCGCCGAGAGGAGGAAGCGAGGAGAUGGUUGACAGUGAGGCUUUGCAGCAGCUGGAAGCGCGCGUUGAGAAAUUGGAGGAAGCCAUAGAGAAGACGCUGCGCUGGACGCCACGUGCAUCUGCAGCAACAGCACAAGCUACAGGAAGUGCCGGUCAAGGGAAUUCACACCCUGAACAAGCGAAUACAACAGGUGGAAGAGGGGGCGAGACAAAUCAAAAGUCACCAGGUUCCCUCCUUGGCAAAAGAAAGAAGUGAGGGAACUGGAGAAUAGGGGUAACUGAAAAAUGUGACAGGAGUACGGAAAGCAAACUUUCAGUGUGAAGCACCUUCUGGCACAAUUAUAGCCCCCUCCACCUGUCAUUAGAGCAUAGUAGUGGAAAAGGAAAGAGCAUGAAAGACAGAAGCUGGUUCUCAAAGUGAGGGAAGACAGCAUGUACAAUUUCUUUUCCCUCUUGGCAAAAACUUACAAAGGUAAGACAUAUUAUGGUGAAAGUGGAAGAGACAUUUGACACCUACAGCUUACAAAGCUGGUGUGAAUUAUAUCAACUCGCACACAUGGUUGCUUUUUUUAAUAUCAGCUAUGCUAUUAAUUCUAUGCUUUCAGCAAGAUUAUUUAAGUAGUUGUACCUGUAUCUAAUACCAUGCUUAGAAAGCAGUCCCUAAGUAAAACAGAGGUUAAAGGACUUUGCACAUAGACGUCAUUGCCUCUUGGUGGUUAUUGCUUUGUCAUCUGUUCAAGUAAUGACAAUAACAGGAACAAAAUGGGAAAAUUCUUCUACAUUAGAUGGUGUCAGUGGUGCACACACUGCUGACAAUCAACAUGAAGCAAACAAGUAUAGGCCUCAAGGAUGGAAUAGGAUGGGAAAACUGGAUUAUUGUCAGUGGCAACUGUAGCAGCCCUGCAACUCAUUGGAAAGUCUGGACUUCCAUUCUUCUUACUCCUGCCCUCUAAGCUGCUUUGUGAUAUAUUUUCCUUGCAUCUUUAUAAAAUUUAUCCAUCCGUCUUUUCCCUGACUUUCCUAUACAUCCCUCGGGCUGGAUUUUGCAUGUUGCAAUGUUUUUUGAAUAUGCCGUGCUCAAAACAACCUUCCUAAUUUCAUUGUUGUAGACAGGUUUGGCUGUUUUUAGUUCAUUAUAUUUCAUACUUUUGAUUCCUUAGGACUAUUAAUAUUUGUAACAUUUAUAAAUCUGCUUGUGGUAAUGUCUAACAUUCAAAUGUCUUUCAACAUAAAUCAGUAAAUAUGCACAUACUAUUUCAACCGUUUUGAAACUAUUACCUAGUUGUCAAAAGCAUGUUUUAUUAUUGAAUGUGUAUGUUAAUGUUAGGAACAAUAAUUUUUUUUCAUUAAAAUAUUCAGAGCAAAAUCUGUGUCAAUUUAGAAACUUAUUUUUUUGUUGCAGUGCCCAUGAAACCCUUUGUUCCAGGACCAUUUGCAAUAUUACCAUUUUGAUUGUGUCCUUUGUACAUUUCUCAAUUUUUUAUCUCUGAUUUAAAUCAUAUUAAAUUAUAAUCUGCACAGUAGCAAUACUUUUAAAUCUUUCGACAAGUAAAAUAGCUUUGGAUUUAAACUUAAUACAUUUAAAUGAAAUAAAAUUUUCAAGUAUUACAUAUGUUAAAUGUGACCACUGUUACUC